AUGGCUUCAACACAGCAGAUUGAGAGUUUAACAGAAGAUCUAAUUUGUCCCAUCUGCCUGAAUAUCUUCACCGAUCCGGUUUCCCCGAAGUGCGGACACAACUUCUGCCGCUCCUGUAUCGCGCAGAGUUGGGAAAGAGAGGGGAAAAACUCCUGCCCGAAAUGUAGAGAGGAGUUUCCUGACCGCACCCUCAUUGUGAAUUGGGCCUUGUCAAGCCUGGCUCAGAAAACUCACCAAUUAAAUCUGAAUCAGAAAGAGAAGGAAAGUAAACUUCACUGCGAGGAACAUCAGGAAGAACUGAAGGUGUUUUGUGAAACUGACAAGAAACUGAUCUGCCUGAUCUGUCGAGAUGGGCGGGAACAUAAGACUCACCGCUUCAUACGGAUAGAAGAAGCUGUUGAAAACUACAAGGCACAGUCCCGCAGUCUGCAGUCCCACAUCACAUCACACUUCAAUAAAAAGAGACAGAUUCUCGCUGAGGAAGAGCAGCAUUUACUAAAAGAUCUCAGAGAAGUCGAGGCGAAGAGUCUAGAUAUAAUGGAGAAAAAUCUUCAAACAGACCUACCACCAACCCCAGCUGCCAAUGCCAUCCCCAGCACGCACCACGCUUCCAGGUUGGGCUGCCAACACCACCCCGGCUCACACAGCUUCCUCGGCCGUUUCCAGGCCUUGACUGCCGCCAUCACCGCUGACCCAACAUGCACUUUGGCUGACCAUGGGCCGUGA